AUGAGCUGCCAACACUUGAAUCAAGUUUUUCGGAGUGAGAAGACCCGAGAUGGCGUCCUCAAGACUUACAAUAUGAUCCGGUACAUUAUUGCUCAUAGCACAUUCCAAAAUCGACAUCUUCACUCUAUGAGAUGUUCGGAAUGCCACGAAGUGAACUGCGGGGCUACUUUCAUGUGUUUGCAGUGUGGGUUCUGCGGUUGCUGGAAUUCACAGCAUUUUCUGAUGCACAGCAAGAAGGUUGGCCACGUCUUCGGCGUUAAUUCCAGCAACGGGCUUUUGUUUUGCUUCAAGUGCAUGGACUACGUGAGCGGCAAUGAAAUGCUAACCAACUCAAUGCUUAUCAAGUACUGGGACGAUGUUUCAGUGAAGAGCUCACUGCCCGUUGCGCGUGGAAGAGACGGCUUGUGCGGCUUGGUGAACAUGGGUUCUACGUGUUUCAUGAGUAGCAUAAUACAAACUUUGGUUCACAAUCCUUACAUUUUAAAGUACAGUAUGGACCAAUACCAUUUCGCUCGCUGCGACAUAGAAAGCAGCGUAUCUUGCAUUUCGUGCGCCUUGGAUAGUGUUAUUGAAGGCUUUUACGGGCCAGCAAGUGACAGUACAUUUUCGUCGCGACAGCAAGGUUUCAUAGAUCUGCUUAUGUGCGCGUGGAAAAUUGAUAAGAAUUUGGCAGGUUACUCACAACAAGACGCCCAUGAAUUUUGGCAGUUCCUUCUCAAUCAACUGCAUUCUGAUCAUCUAAGGAUAACGAAAAAACCAUCGAUAAAAUCUGAAACCUGCGAUUGUAUCGCACACACUGCAUUUCAAGGUACCCUACGAAGCUCUAUUUUUUGCACCGACUGUCACGACGGCAGUAACAUUACAUUUGACCCCAUGAUGGAUCUGUCCCUCGACAUCAAAAAUAAGUCGACCUUGGUCGAGUGUUUACGUAGCUUUCACGAAGGUGAAACCCUCACAGACUUCAACCAUAAUUGUCCCAACUGUGGAUCAAUUCAAAACCCAAUUAAACAAAUGACUAUAGCGAAGUUACCACCAGUACUAGUUUUACAGCUGAAAAGGUUUGAGCACCUUAUGACCGGCACCAGUGUGAAACUCAAUGACUUCGUUGAAUUCCCUGCAUAUCUCAACAUGACGCCGUUUUGCCAUCGAGAUGAGACCCGCACAAUGCCAGAUAUCGUUUACGAACUUGUGGCCGUCAUUUCCCAUGAAGGCUCUGUGAAUCAGGGCCAUUACACUAGCAUGUGUAAAAUACCUGGAGGGAAAUGGUUUCGUUUUAACGACUCCAUGGUUGUUAGCAUCUCGGAAGAAGAUGUGUUAAGACAACAGGCGUAUCUAAUUUUCUACGUCAUUCGCCAGAUUGGUUAA